CGGCAGGGUUUCACCACCAGGUACAGGAUCUACAGAGAGUUUGCUCGUUGGAAGGUGAAUAAUUUGGCCUUGGAGAGGAAAGACUUCUUCAGCCUCCCACUUCCCCUGGCCCCAGAAUUCAUCCGCAACAUCAGGCUGCUGGGACGCCGGCCCAGCCCCCAGCAGAUCACUGACAGCCUCAUCAAAAAGUAUGGGACCCACUUCUUGCUGGCAGCCACGCUGGGAGGAGAGGAGUCCCUGACCAUUUUUGUGGACAAACGCAAGCUGAGCCGGAGGGCAGAGCCCACUGGGGGGGCUGGGAACAGCUCGGGGGUCUCACUGGAGACCCUGCACCAGCUGGCAGCCUCCUACUUCAUCGACAGGGAGAGCACACUGCGACGGCUCCACCACAUCCAGAUCGCCACGGCUGCCAUCAAGGUGACUGAAACACGGACAGGUCCACUCGGCUGCAGCAACUACGACAACCUGGAUUCAGUGAGCUCUGUCCUGGUGCAGAGCCCUGAGAACAAAGUGCAGCUCCAAGGGCUGCAGACUGUGCUCCCCUCCUACCUGCGGGAGAGGUUCGUGGCAGCUGCCCUCAGCUACAUCGCCUGCAGCUCGGCCGGGGAGCUGGUGUGCCGCCGGAGCGACUGCCGCUGCCAGUGCCAGCCCACCUUCCCCCGCUGCAACUGCCCCGAGGCUGACAUCCAGGCACUGGAGAGCAGCCUGGCCCAGCUCUGGAGAGCUUGGGAAAGCCACCACAGCCAGUUCGAGGAGUCAGAGGAGUUUCAGGCCCUGGUGAAGAGGCUCCCCACGGACCGUUUCCUGAACAGGACAGCCAUCUCCCACUUCUGGGCCAUGGAUUUGGACAUCCAGCAUCGCUACCAACAGUUGGGCACCAGCCUGAAGCUGCUCUCCAGGAAAACCUACCGACUCAUCCGGCGGCUCUUCAACCUCAGCAAACGCUGCCACCGGCAGCCUCGCUUCAAGCUGCCGAAGGAGAGGUCCCUCCCUUACUGGUGGAGCCGCGCACAGUCGCUCCUGUACUGCAGCGAGACCACCGUGCCUGGGACCUUCCUGGAAGAAAGCCACAGCUGCAGCUGCCCCUCUGACCAGCCCUCCUGCCAGGGGUCCAUACCGUGUGCCUUGGGCGAGGGGCCAGCCUGUGCCAGCUGUGCUGGGGACAACAGCACCCGCUGUGGGACCUGCAACCACGGCUACGUGCUCACCCAGGGCUUCUGCCGCCCCGAGGUGGCUGACUCACUGGAGCACUACCUGGGGCUGGAGACAGAUUUGCAGGACUUGGAGCUCAAGUACCUCCUGCAGAAACGGGACAGCCGCAUCGAGGUGCACUCCAUCUUCAUCAGCAAUGACAUGCGCCUGGGCAGCUGGUUCGACCCCUCCUGGAGGAAGCGUAUGCUCUUGACCCUGAAGAGCAACAAGUACAAGCCUGGGCUGGUUCAUGUCAUGUUGGCCCUCUCCCUGCAGAUCUGCCUCACCAAGAACAGCACGCUGGAGCCUGUCAUGGCCAUCUAUGUCAACCCCUUUGGGGGCAGCCACUCGGAGAGCUGGUUCAUGCCCGUCAACGAGGGCAGCUUCCCAGACUGGGAAAGGACUAACGUAGAUGCCUCUGCCCAGUGCCAAAACUGGACGCUCACCUUGGGCAACAAGUGGAAGACCUUCUUUGAAACGGUCCAUGUCUACUUGCGGAGCCGCAUCAAGUCUCUGGAUGACAGCUCCAAUGAGACAAUCUAUUAUGAGCCCUUGGAGAUGUCAGAUCCCUCCAAGAACCUGGGGUACAUGAAAAUCAACAGCUUGCAAGUCUUUGGCUACAGCCUGCCCUUUGAGCCAGAUGCUAUCCGUGACCUGAUCCUCCAGCUGGACUACCCCUACACCCAGGGCUCCCAGGACUCAGCCAUGCUCCAGCUGCUGGAGAUCAGGGACCGGGUGAACAGGUUGUCACCUCCUGGCAAAACUCGCCUUGACCUCUUCACUUGCUUGCUCCGUCACCGGCUCAAGUUGGCCAACAACGAGGUGACGAGGAUCCAGUCCUCCUUGAGAGCCUUCAAUGCCAAGCUGCCCAAUUCAUUGGAGCAGGAGACAGGCAAGCUGUGCAGCUAACAGCCGGGGAGUGCUCAGACCUUGGAGCCAGGGGGCUGGGAGAAAGG